AUGAGCCAGCCUUUUGCCUAUCUUUCCUUACGAAAAUGGAAUAGAAUAAACUGUUAUAAAAAUCUCGUUCACGCGUGGAGUUCUAUCAUCCCGUCUGUCUCAUGCAAAUAAUGCCAACAAGUGAUAAGCAAACAAAUAGAGCGUGAUAGAUCAGCGAGUGGCGAACUGCGCCCAAAUCUCAGGUGAGAGAAGAAACCAGCCUCCCCUUUCUCCGCGAAUCCCCUCGUUGUCCUCUCUCUUGCUUAGCUUCGUGUUCUUGCAAUUCAGCUCCUAGAUCUCCCUCCCCGUCUCAAGAAUCUCUACCCGGUUUCCACCCUCGGGUUCCUGUUCUUUCAGCCAGUUCCGUGCUCACCGUUUGAAUCCCCAAAUUCUCUUGCAGAGCGCAGACUUGAGUUUGAGCCGUGUGAGCUUAGCUUGGUGGACUGCGAAAGGCGGCGGGUCUUGGUGCCGAGAAGAUGAACAAGGACAGGGCCUGGAUCUCGGCGGAAGGCGGCGGCGGCGACGGCUUGCCGCCGCAGUCCUCGCGUCGCGCGGGGCCGUCGUCGUCGACGACUCCACCACCGGAGUACGACAUCAGCCGCAUGCCGGACUUCCCCACCAGGAACCCGGGCCACCGGCGCGCGCACUCCGAGAUCCUGAGCCUCCCCGACGACCUCGACCUCUCCGCGCCCGGUGGCGGCGACGGGCCGUCGCUGUCGGACGAGAACGACGAGGAGCUCUUCUCCAUGUUCCUUGAUGUGGACAAGCUGAACUCGUCCUGCGGGGCGUCAUCGGAGGCGGAGUCGUCGUCUGCCGCUGCUGGCGGGGGUCAAGCGGCGGGAAUGGGCCAUGGAAUGAGGCCCAAGCACCAGCACAGCCAGUCCAUGGACGAGUCGAUGUCGAUCAAGACGGAGGAGUUGGUGGGGGCGCAGGGGAUGGAAGGAAUGUCGUCUGUGGAGGCCAAGAAGGCAGUGUCCGCAGCGAAGCUGGCCGAGCUUGCCCUUGUCGAUCCGAAGAGGGCGAAAAGGAUUUGGGCUAACAGACAAUCCGCAGCAAGAUCAAAGGAAAGGAAAAUGCGCUAUAUUGGCGAACUUGAGCACAAGGUGCAAACGCUGCAGACAGAAGCAACAACACUGUCAGCCCAGUUGGCAUUACUGCAGAGAGACACUACUGGACUAACAAGUGAGAAUAGUGAACUGAAGAUACGUCUGCAGACCAUGGAGCAGCAAGUCCACUUGCAAGAUGCCCUAAAUGACACCCUGAAAACGGAGGUUCAGCGACUGAAGGUGGCAACAGGCCAGCUCGCUAAUGGUGGAGGAAUGAUGAUGAACUAUGGGGGCAUGCCUCAGGCGCCACACCAGUUUGGAGGCAACCAGCAGAUGUUCCACAACAACCAAACCAUGCAAUCUCUGCUAGCGACGCACCAGCUUCAACAACUCCAGCUCCACCAACAGCCCCAGCAGCAGGCCUUGCGCCCUCAGCACCAGCAGCAGCCACUGCACCCGCUUCAAGCGCAGCAGCUCCAGCGUGACCUCAAGAUGAAAGGGCCGAUGGGCGGCGGUCAGAGCCUGUGGGGUGAUGGCAAGUCGUCAGGAGGCAGCAGCGGCAUCUGAAACUAUUUCUGGAUCCAAAAGUUCUUGGUGCAAGUGGCAUGGACUGUGGAGAUGAUGAUGCUGUGCAACAGUGCAAGUGUAGUUCUCAUCAUCUGUAGGUUUCGAAGCUGGGUCCAAGCUUCAGUUAAAAACAGUUGGAAAAUCUCAUGUGUUGGCAGUGUGGUGGAAGGCGUUUGUUUGUGCGCAGCUGAAGGAAAUGGCGGAGUCCUUCAGAAUUUCAGGUUGAAUCUUCCGUUUUGGUCAGGUAGAACAUGAGAGGUGUUGCAUCCAGUUAUGGACGAAUAGCUUUUUAGCAGCAUCGUGUUGUUAACUUAAAACUCGGUGAUGGAUGGAUGGAUCUGGACUAUGGCAGCUUUAGGGGAAAUGAACAGGCUAGUUUUAAAACCAUAUUGUUCCUUUGAUUUGUAGAUGCUCAUUCGUAACCAUAUACAGUUUCUUU